UUUGUUCUUUUUCUUUUUAUUUUUCUCGCUUCGUUACUUUGUCUUUCUGUCAGUUUUAACUGCGACUUUACGCGGACGAACCCAACCCAUCACCGGAACCCCGCCGGAGCUCAGAUCUUUUUCUCCGGAAGAACCCGCCGAAAUCCCACUGAAAUGUACAACAAUGUAGGAUCCCAGCCUGGGGUGACAAUACCGCCAAUAAAUUCUCAGCCUAAUCCAUUUGGAAAUGCAUUUUAUGGAGCUGGUUCAGGGCUUAUCCGAGGUGGAUUGGGUGCAUAUGGAGAAAAAAUCUUAGGAUCGAGCUCUGAAUACGUGCAAAGCAAUAUAAGUCGUUACUUCUCAGAUCCCCAAUAUUAUUUCCAAGUGAAUGACCACUAUGUGAGGAACAAAUUGAAGGUUGUUUUGUUUCCGUUCCUUCACAGGGGCCAUUGGACACGGAUAACUGAGCCAGUAGGGGGCAGGCUCUCUUAUAAACCCCCAAUUUAUGACAUAAAUGCACCAGACCUCUACAUUCCAUUUAUGGCAUUUGGUACCUAUGUUGUUCUUGCUGGCUUCUCGUUGGGUCUUCAGGGGAAGUUUAGCCCAGAAGCUCUGAACUGGUUGUUUAUCAAAGGAUUGCUUGGGUGGUUUCUGCAAGUCGCACUUCUGAAAGUGACAUUGCUUUCAUUGGGUAGUGGGGAGGCACCCUUGCUGGACAUUGUGGCUUAUGCAGGAUAUACUUUCACAGGAAUGUGUGUGGCUGUCCUCGGGAAGAUAAUAUGGGGAUACUCGUACUAUGCUUUAAUGCCUUGGACCUGCUUAUGCAUGGGUAUCUUCUUAGUGAAGACGAUGAAGAGAGUCCUAUUUGCAGAAGUGAGGAGUUAUGAUUCGAGCAAGCACCACUAUCUCUUGCUCUUUAUUGCUUUGGCGCAGUUCCCACUUUUCACAUGGCUUGGCAACAUUAGUGUUAAUUGGCUUAUAUAACUUGCUUUAGUUAGAAACAGUUUGUGUUCAUAGCGGUUCUUAAAAUGUUGUAGGCAAUUUUCUCGAUUUUAUAUCAACUUCCUGUUCUUUGCUCGCAGAAAUAUUCAACAAUUAUGAAAGUUUCUCUUUUUGGCU